CCCCUCACCAGGUGUUUCUGUGGGAACAGAAUAAAAAGGACUUGACACAAACCACAGGCUGGCCCCGAUUCUUGCCUGCCUGCAGUCUGGGGUACGGGCGAUUGGGACGCCUGCCAUGGUUGGGGGAGGCUGGAAUGGGUCUAGUUGUCACCGAGCACUGUUGAGCUCUGCCACUCACAGCUGGGCUGGUGGGAUAGGGGCUCCCUGUGGGCAUCAAAGGACCCGAUCCCACCUGCCUGGCCAGGGCUCCCAAGGGUCCAAUCCCUGUUGGCAAGGCUGCUGUGGGCACCAGUGAUUCAGUCUCGUCCCCCUGACCAGGCUGCUCAGUUCAAUGGGCCCGCGAUGGCCCGAUAUCCCCCAGCCAGGCUGCUGGGCUGGGGAUCCCUGUGCCUCUCAAAGGGCUCGAUCCCCCCGGUCCUGCAUAUGGAGCCACUGUUCUGCAGCCACCCGGUGGAUAAACCACCCCUGGGCGAUCCAGAGGCUGCGGGGCCGCGGUCUGUGCCCCGGCUGCGGCCUCAGAGGGGCCCCGCGGGCGAUCCGGUGGCUGGGGACGGCGGCCGCGACACGUCGGGGGCGCGGGGUACCCCGCUGCCCGCGGCUGCAGCGCCGCCCGCGCCCACCGGGAGGCGCCUCAAAGCGGGAGGUGGCCCGAGCGCCGCAGCCAAUGGGAGGUGCCGCAGGCCGGCGGCCCCGCCCCAUCCCGGAAGUGCCGAGCCUGGCCCCGCCCCCCGCCGCGAGGACAUGGAGCCGCCGGUACAGUCACGUGUGGAGGAGCUGUCGGAGCUGUACCGAGAGCUGAGCCAGCACCCGGGGCUCAGCACCGCCUGCCUCGGCCCCGACCUCACCACCCAGUACGGGGGCAAGUACUGCAGCCUCUACACCGAGUGGUCGCAGCGGGACCUGGCAAGGGCUGAGAACAUCAAGUUCUGCCGUCAGUACCUCAUCUUCCACGAUGGAGCCUCCAUUGUCUACUCGGGGCCCGCUGGCACCUGCUCUGAGAUCAAGGACGAGCUGCUGAGCCGGGAGUCCCCCAGUGGGAUGCUGAAGGCUGUCCUGCGCAAGGUCCCUGGCAAGGAGAAGGAGAAGCAGUUCCUGGAGGUCUGGGAUCAGAACCGGAAGGUGAAGAGCAUCGACCUGACAGCGCUGGACAAGCAUGGCAGUGUCUACGAUGAUGACCAGUUUGGGUGCCUUGCCUGGUCUCACUCGGAGACCCACCUGGUCUAUGUGGCGGAGAAGAAGCGUCCCAAGGCUGAGUCCUUCUUCCAGAGCAAAGCCCCCGAGCUGGGCACCUCUGAUGAGGACACAGGGCACCCUAAGAAGGAGGAUGCACCUGUCAAGGGCGAGCAGUUCGUGUACCACGAGGACUGGGGGGAGACGCUGAGCACCCGCAGUGUGCCCGUCCUCUGCGUCCUGGACAUUGAGGGCAACAGCAUCUCGGUGCUGGAGGGCAUCCCAGAGCACCUCUCUCCCGGCCAGGCUUUCUGGUCACCUGAGGACACUGGUGUGGUGUUCGUGGGCUGGUGGCAUGACCCCUUUCGCCUGGGGCUGCGAUACUGCACGAACCGCCGGUCAGCUCUCUUCUACGUGGACCUGACGGGAGGGAGAUGCGAGCUGCUCUCUGAGGACUCCAGGGCUGUGUGGUCACCACGACUCAGCCCUGAUGGCUGCCGCAUUGUCUACCUGGAGAACAAUGUCCUGGGCCCCCACCAGCAGUGCAGCCAACUCCGCAUGUACGACUGGUACACCAAACACACUAGCACGGUGCUGGAGGCUGUGCCACGGCAAGCAUGGGGUGCCUUCCCGGGAAUCUACUGUGGCGCACUGCCAGGGAUGUGCUGGGCAGCCGACAGCCGCAGGAUCCUGCUGGACACGGCCCAGCGCAGCCAGCAGAAUGUGUUCGUGGUGGACACAGCAACAGGCACCACAACUUCGCUGACAGCUGAUUCACCCCCAGGAAGCUGGUCUGUCCUCACCAUCGACCGGGACCUCUUGGUGGCCAGGUUUUCCACCCCUAGCUGCCCCCCCAUGUUGAAAGUGGCAGUCCUGCCCGCCGCCGGCCAUGAGGCACAGACACAGUGGAUCUGCCUGCAGGACGCCCCCCCUGUGCCCGGCAUCAGCUGGGGCAUCCACACCCUGCAGCCCCCAGCAGAGCAGGAGCAUCCCCAGUACAGGGGCCUGGACUUCGAUGCCAUCCUGAUGCGCCCAAGUGAGGGUCCCACUGGCCAGAAGCCCCCCUUGGUUGUGAUGCCCCAUGGUGGUCCUCACUCCGUCUUCACGGCCGGAUGGAUGCUGUACCCGGCGGCGCUGUGCCGUGUGGGCUUUGCCGUGCUGCUGGUGAAUUACCGCGGCUCGCUGGGCUUUGGCCAGGACAGCGUGGCCUCCCUGCCAGGCAACGUGGGCACACAGGACGUACACGAUGUGCAGCUCUGCGUGGAACGGGUGCUGCAGGAGGAGAUGCUGGAUGCUAGCCGAGUGGCACUGGUCGGCGGCUCGCAUGGGGGCUUCCUGGCGUGCCACCUCAUCGGGCAGUUCCCUGACACCUACCGUGCCUGUGUGGUCCGCAACCCCGUGGUGAACAUCGCCUCCAUGGUGACCACCACUGACAUCCCAGACUGGUGCCUGACAGAGACAGGGCUGCCCUACAAACCUGAUGCCCUGCCAGAUCCAGCCCAAUGGACAGAGAUGCUGCACAAGUCACCCAUACGCUAUGUUGACCGGGUCCGUGCACCUGUGCUGCUGAUGCUGGGGGAGGACGACCGGCGUGUGCCCCCUAAGCAGGGUCUGGAGUAUUACCGUGCCCUCAAGGCCCGGGGGGUGCCCACACGGCUGCUCUGGUACCCAGGGAACAACCAUGCGCUGGCUGGCAUCGAAGCCGAAGCUGAUGGCUUCAUGAACACGGCGCUGUGGCUGCUCAAGCACCUGCAGUGCUAAGGGUGCUGACCCCUGCUGCUAACCCUCAAUAAACGAUGUAGUUCAGCACCAG